AGAGGGAGGUGGCGAUGGUGCUCUUGGUGGCGGCAGCGGCGGCAACGCUUUCCUUGGUCGGACGGCAGGGAGGAGAAGAUGACUGACCGAUCGACUGGAUGAAUGAAUGAAUGGCGGAGCCGAGCGCGCCAUGAGGAGCCUGCCGAGCCUGGGCGGCCUCGCCCUGUUGUGCUGCGCGGCCGCCGCAGCCGCUUCCACAGCCUCGGCAGGGAAUGUCACCGGUGGCGGCGGGGCCGAGGGGCAGGUGGUCCCGUCGCCCAGCCCGGGGCUUCGGGACCAAGCCAGCAGCCCCUUCCCUAAGACCGCGGCUCCCACCGCGCAGGCCCCGCGGACCGGUCCCCCGCGCACCACAGUCCGCAAAACCGGGGCUACAACCCCGUCAGCCGGCUCCCCGGAGAUCAUUCCUCCUCUUCGCACCAGCGCACAACCCGCUGCCACCCCCUUCCCGGCUCUGGACCUCUCGCCCGCCACCCCUUCGGAGGACGGACACACUCCCACCACGGAAUCACCACCCUCCAGACCCGCGCCCACCACCCUUGCGAGCACAGUUGGCCAGCCGCCGACCACCUCUGUAGUCACCACCGCUCAGGCUUCCAGCACUCCAGGGACCCCAACUGCCGAGUCCCCGGACAGAAGCAGCAACAGUAGCGGAGUCCCGCCCACCGCACCUGUCACCGAAGCCCCUACUUCUCCUCCCCCAGAGCAUAUGUGUAACUGUUCUGAGGUUGGAAGUUUGGAUGUAAAGCGCUGCAACCAGACCACAGGGCAGUGUGAUUGUCAUGUGGGUUAUCAGGGUCUUCACUGUGACACCUGCAAAGAGGGCUUUUACCUGAAUCACACUGUUGGUCUCUGCCUGCCAUGUCACUGCAGUCCACAUGGAGCUGUUAGCAUCCUCUGUAACAGUUCUGGGAAUUGCCAAUGCAAAGUGGGUGUCACCGGCUCCAUGUGUGACAAAUGCCAAGAUGGACAUUAUGGCUUUGGUAAGACAGGCUGCUUGCCUUGCCAGUGCAACAACCGGUCUGAUAGUUGUGAUGUUCACACAGGUGCUUGUCUAAACUGCCAGGAAAAUAGUAAAGGGGAACACUGUGAAGAAUGCAAAGAAGGAUUUUAUCCGAGUCCUGAUGCCGCAAAACAGUGCCAUCGCUGCCCGUGUUCCGCAGUGACUUCUACAGGCAAUUGCACCAUUGAAUCUGGAGAGUUGGAGCCUACAUGUGACCAAUGUAAAGAUGGUUACACAGGCCAGAACUGCAAUAAAUGUGAAAAUGGCUAUUACAAUUCUGACAGCAUCUGCACACAGUGCGAAUGUCAUGGCCAUGUGGACCCAAUUAAAACUCCAAAGAUUUGCAAGCCUGAGAGUGGUGAGUGCAUCAACUGCCUUCAUAACACCACUGGGUUCUGGUGCGAGAAAUGCCUAGAAGGCUAUGUUCGAGAUCUUCAGAGAAACUGCAUCAAGCAAGAAGUUAUUGUUCCAACUCCUGAAGGUUCUACCAUUUUGGUUUCCAAUGCCUCUUUGACCACAUCAGUGCCCACCCCUGUUAUAAAUAGUACUUUUGCCCCCACAACCCUGCAGACUAUCUUUGCAGUAAGCUCUUCUGAAAACAGCACCUCAGCUCUUGCUGAUGUAUCAUGGACCCAGUUUAACAUCAUCAUUUUGACAGUCAUCAUCAUUGUGGUAGUGCUGCUAAUGGGAUUUGUAGGAGCUGUGUACAUGUACCGAGAGUACCAAAAUCGGAAACUCAAUGCUCCCUUUUGGACCAUCGAGCUGAAAGAAGACAAUAUCAGUUUCAGCAGCUACCAUGACAGCAUCCCCAAUGCAGAUGUGUCGGGAUUGUUAGAGGACGAUGCCAAUGAAGUGGCUCCCAAUGGGCAGCUGACCCUGACAACACCUAUUCAUAACUACAAAGCCUGAGAAGCUGAGUUGUCCUCCUGGAUUGUCAGAAAACAGUGCUCACUUAAACAGCACCUGACCUCUGGCUGCACAGAGCCUAGGUAGAGUUUGUUGAGAAAGGUAUUGUGCAAAUGUUCAGGUACAAACUGUAGUGCGCUUAGCCUGUCUGUUGCUCUUAAUUCCCCCAUGAAGAUCUGAAGCACUCAUCAUCGAGGACUUGAAGUAAAGUAUAUUUUUGUAGCAAACCACAUGUAUAUAUGGAAAGGCUGAAUCCCACAGAGCAGCCUAAGUCUACCUGGCCUCUCAAAGGACUGCUCGGAAAGUGUUCACCUCACCAGAUGUGAUAGAAUGUUGAUGUGGAGGGGAAAGACUGAUGGAAGAAUUCAUCUCCACUUUGGAAACAUAUUUUAUAAAAGAGAGGCAGGGAUUGUGUUCAUUUUACUGUACUAAGAGAUGUAACUUAGGAAGAGAUGAUAUCUAGGCUAAUAAAAAAAAUCUUGGUUGUGUGUAGACUAAGAAAGGUGCCAAGAAGUUCUGUAGAAGGGCUUGGCUUUCCUUCUAAGAGUCUCCUUCAAAAAUGGAGUUAAAGCACAGGAUAAGCUUCCAUGGUGAGGGUAGGCACAGCAGGCAGAGAGCAGAAAGCUGAUGGUCUCCUCAAAGAGGUUCCUGCCUCUAAAGAAACAAGGUGUACAUAAUUAAUGUAGCAUUAUCUGGUCAACAUUGUACUUGUAUCUAUUUGUAAAAAAUCAUGUCCUAUUUUAUCAUCUAGACUUUAUCUGUAUAGCAGUUAAUGGUGUUGUAAAAAGAAGAUAUGGGAACUUGGUUAAAAUACUGUAAAAUAGGUGACAAUAUUGCUAGAGCUGGGACUCUGGUGAGCAUCAGUCAUUUUAGUCCCUAUUUGGACACUGUUGAAAUUGAUAAGAGGUCAAAUGUUUCUAAUCUUUCCUCUCUCAACCUAGAGUCAUAUGCUCUUUGACUUACCAUAGAUUCAAGCAAUAGAUUUUGAAGUCUGCAAUUGCGAAACUGGAACACAGGCUGCAUUCUCCAGACACACCUAAUUAGCCACUCUGUUUUACACUGCUCAGUGUAAACUCCUCAGGAAAAGACUUCUUUCCUGAAUGUAAAAGACAGUCUUCCAAAGGACAGAAAAUUUAAAUUAAAAAGAAAAGCCAUC